GCUUGGGUCAUGAAUUCAUUUACAGAUUGCCCUUAUACAUAAAAGCACAAAAUUGGAAAACAUUGGAAGCUUGUGCCAAAAUUAAGGCAGUUCAGUGCCCCUCCAGAAGAUGGCUCAACCUGCAGGAAUACCAGAGCAAGAAACUGAUGUCUGACAACGGAGUUAGAGUUCAGAGAUUCUUUGUAGCAAACACUGCAAAUGAAGCUCUGGAGGCUGCUAAGAGACUAAAUGCAAAAGAAAUUGUUUUAAAAGCCCAGAUCUUAGCUGGAGGAAGAGGAAAAGGUGUCUUCAAUAGUGGUCUGAAAGGAGGUGUUCAUUUAACAAGAGACCCCAAAGUUGUGGGACAGCUGGCUGAACAGAUGAUUGGGUAUAAUCUAGCAACAAAGCAAACUCCGAAAGAAGGUGUGAAAGUUAACAAGGUGAUGGUCGCAGAAGCCCUGGACAUUUCCAGAGAAACCUAUUUAGCGAUUCUGAUGGACCGGGCCUGCAAUGGCCCUGUGCUGGUAGGCAGCCCCCAGGGGGGUGUUGACAUCGAAGAGGUGGCCGCUUCAAAUCCAGAACUUAUUUUUAAGGAGCCAAUUGAUAUUUUUGAAGGGAUAAAGGACAGCCAAGCUCAGCGGAUGGCAGAAAAUCUGGGCUUCCUUGGGCCUUUGAAAAACCAGGCUGCAGAUCAAAUUAAGAAGCUAUAUAAUCUCUUCCUGAAGAUUGAUGCUACUCAGGUGGAAGUGAAUCCCUUUGGUGAGACUCCAGAAGGACAAGUUGUCUGUUUUGAUGCCAAGAUAAACUUUGAUGACAAUGCUGAAUUCCGACAAAAGGAGAUAUUCGCUAUGGAUGACAAAUCAGAAAAUGAACCCAUUGAAAAUGAAGCUGCCAGAUAUGAUCUAAAAUACAUAGGACUAGAUGGGAACAUUGCCUGCUUUGUGAAUGGAGCAGGACUGGCGAUGGCCACAUGUGACAUCAUUUUCUUGAACGGUGGGAAACCAGCCAACUUCUUGGAUCUAGGAGGCGGUGUAAAGGAAUCUCAAGUGUAUCAAGCAUUCAAAUUGCUCACCUCGGAUCCUAAGGUUGAAGCCAUCUUAGUCAAUAUUUUUGGUGGUAUUGUCAACUGCGCCAUCAUUGCCAAUGGAAUCACCAAAGCCUGCCGGGAGCUAGAACUGAAAGUGCCCCUGGUGGUCCGCCUUGAAGGAACCAAUGUCCAAGAGGCACGGAACAUACUCAGCAACAGUGGACUCCCCAUCACUGCGGCUGUGGACUUGGAGGACGCGGCCAAGAAGGCUGUCGCCUGUGUGGCAAAGAAGUGAUGUCUUUUGCCUGGUCCCAGGGCUGUUUUCCCAAUGGCUCCCUCACUGUGGGGGAAAAAAAAAUGGUUCUCUCACUGGGAGAAAGGGGAGGGCAUAAACAAGAAUCACUGUGAAAAUCUUAGAUCUGUGUCUUCUCGGGUAAGUUAUCUAAACAACCUAGUCUGAUUUUACUUAUAUAGUCAUUAUAAAAAUAAUGUUCUCUAUUUGCAAGCUUCAUCCAGCUUUGGGGAAAUGAUGUCUCUGGCCAAAUAACGUGCAUAUAUACAGAAAUUUAAUUAAGGCAAUCCUUGGUUCAUUGAGAAGAAUGUUGGUGAAUAUUUAAUCCUCUAUGGUUAAAAAAAAAAAA